GCUUCCUGUUUGCCAUGUCUUUUGUAAAGACAGUCUUUCAUCGGCAGUGCAGUAUACUUCAGGUGAUGCUUGUGCCCUAGCAAAUGAUGAUGAAAAUGUCCAGGAAAAGGGGGAAGAGGCUGGUCCCAGACUGGAGUCUGAGCAUGCAGACUCAAGUGUUCGGAGUUACGCUACAGAAGAGCUGCUUGAUGACCUUUCAAAAUCUGUCCAGACUACAGAAAUGAAUGAAGCAAGACAGCCUGAAGUUGAGACACCACCUUUGGUAGAUUUAAAUGAAGCUUCAUCUAGCAUAGUUGCAAGCACUGAAAACACUUCCAGUUCACCUACCUCAGAGAUACCGCCAGUCUCACAGCCUGACCUUGCAGGUCAACAUAUAGAUAACAUAUCAUCUUCACACGGCAAGGGAAAGAAGACAAAAUCUGAGUUUGAGUCGAAAGUUUCAGCAGCUGAAAAGGGGGCUGAUGAGCAAAAAUCUGCUCUGAAUGCCUCGGAGAACUUAAAAAGGGAGAAAGACUAUAAGAAAACAGGAGAAAUAGAUCCUACAUCAGUGAUGACUCCAAAGGACCCUGGAGACAUUCCAACGUUUGAUGAAUGGAAGAAAAAAGUCAUGGAAGUGGAGAAAGAAAAGAGUCAGUCAAUGCACCCUUCUGCUGUUGGUGGGCAGCAUUCCACAAAAAAAGUCCAGAAAAAUAGGAAUAACUAUGCCUCUGUGGAGUGUGGUGCCAAAAUUUUGGCAGCAAAUCCAGAGGCAAAGAGUACUUCAGCUAUUUUGAUGGAAAAUAUGGACCUUUAUAUGCUAAAUCCUUGCAGUACUAAAAUCUGGUUUGUUAUUGAGCUCUGUGAACCAGUCCAAGUAAAGCAGCUUGACAUUGCAAAUCAUGAAUUAUUCUCUUCAACUCCUAAAGACUUUCUGGUGUCUAUUAGCGACAGGUAUCCAACAAACAAAUGGAUUAAAUUAGGUACUUUCCAUGCCAGAGAUGAGAGAAAUGUCCAAAGCUUUCCUCUGGAUGAACAGAUGUAUGCAAAAUAUGUUAAGAUGUUCAUCAAGUACAUAAAGGUGGAGUUGAUAUCGCACUUUGGAUCAGAACAUUUUUGUCCUUUAAGCCUUAUAAGGGUAUUUGGUACUAGCAUGGUUGAAGAGUAUGAAGAAAUAGCUGAUUCUCAGUAUCAGUCUGAACGCCAGGAACUAUUUGAUGAAGAUUAUGAUUAUCUAUUGGAUUACAAUACAGGGGAAGAAAAGUCUUCAAAAAAUCUCCUAGGUUCUGCUACAAAUGCUAUCCUAAGUAUGGUAAAUAUUGCUGCUAAUAUGCUUGGAGCCAAAACUGAAGAGUCAUCUGAAGCUGAAGGGAACACAAGUGUGUCUGAAAAUGUCACUGCUACCCCUGCAAUUUCAACAGCUGCACCAAGACUGCCUGAACCAACUCCUGUUACUUCACCAGAACUUGUUACUACAGAUAUUCCACAGAUAGAUAAAGAGCAAUUAAUCGUGGAUUUGACAAAGGAAAGUCCUAUUGUUCAGCUAGUACAAGAGUAUGAAGAAGAUACAAGCCAGUCAACAGUAACCUUGCUGCCCAGUGAUGAUCAGGAAGAAGAAGCAUUGGCAUGGUUUGAACUUGAGACAGAAAAGUACUGCUAUGAUAUGGCAACAGUAUGUUGUAUUUCCACCUUUUCAGAAUACCUGUUUAAAUGGUGUUCAGUUGCAGUAGCCAUGCACCGGCAGCAUAGUAAAACUGAAGGUAAACAAGGGCAAGAUUACUCUGCUGAUGUUCAGCAGCCAAAGAUGGUUCUGAUAGAACCUAUACGUGCAUCUGUAGAUGAGCCUCUGCCUGAGCAAUUAGACAGCAAAGUUGAGAGUUCAUCUGGAGCUACUGUUGCAGUUGACUUCACCAGUGUGGUCCCUGAGGAGAUUGGUAAUGAGACCACAGAUUCAAUUGAACUGGAACCAAGCCAUCCUCAAACUGUCUCUCAGUCCCUCCUCUUAGAAGUUACUUCUGAAGUUAAGCCAUUGCCAACAACAGACAUGGCUUUGGAGCCUGAAAAAGAUGAUGCGAGCCAGGUAGCGCCAGGGAUUACACCUUGGCUGGAUAUACCCGAGAUCAGUGCAGAAACAGAAAAGGCUGAGAGCUCUGUUGCAGAAGAAAGCCCUGUAGCUUCUGAGAACAGUGUGGCUGCUGAGGUACAGGAGAUGAGCACAAGAGAUGCUACGGCUACUCCAGUGAUUUCAAAGCCUACAGAGACUGUUCAGCAGCUUGAAUAUACAGUGGACAUGCUAGCCAGUGAGGCUGGGGAAGUAAAGGAAAGCAUUUCAGAAGUGCAGAAACCUGUUUUGCCUCCUGUUGAUUCUUCUGUAUCUGCUGAAACAAAGGAUGAUGAUCAAGCAACAGAAGAAGCGCUAAUGGCAAUUCCAGUCUCUGGGGGACCACAGAGAACAGCUACAGAUUUCUAUGCUGAAUUGCAGAAUUCAACAGAUCUAGGCUAUGCUAAUGGAAAUCUUGUUCAUGGAUCUAAUCAAAAAGAGUCUGUCUUCAUGCGCCUUAAUAAUCGCAUAAAAGCCCUAGAAGUAAACAUGUCUCUCAGCAGCCGUUACUUAGAAGAACUUAGUCAGAGGUACCGAAAGCAAAUGGAGGAAAUGCAGAAGGCUUUUAAUAAAACAAUAAUAAAACUUCAGAACACCUCAAGAAUAGCAGAAGAGCAGGAUCAGCGGCAAACAGAAGCAAUCCAGCUGUUACAAGCACAGCUCACCAACAUGACGCAGCUAGUUUCUAAUCUGUCAACAACUGUGGCAGAAUUAAAACGUGAGGUUUCUGAUCGGCAGACUUAUCUUGUGAUUUCUCUGGUUCUCUGUGUCAUUCUGGGCUUGGUGCUCUGUGUGCAGCGGUGCAGAAGCUCUUCUCAGUUCUGUGAAGAUUACCUCUCAAAAAUUCCUAAAAGUAAUCACUACCCUAGCCCCAAAAGGUGAUGUAUUUAU